CCCAUAUAUUAUUAAUUAUUAUAUAGCGGCCAUAUUACAUGUAGUCACAUAGCCACUUACAUUUCUAAAGGAUAUAGUACCGUCCUAAUGCCCUUUGAUUGCAGUAUUAAUUAAUAAUAAUAAUAAUAUGAACACAUUUAGGUAUUUCAGUACUUAAUAUUUUUUAUAGAAAACCUUAAAAAACUUGAAAUUUGUUUUUCAUGGUUUAACGGAAACUAACCGUAAUCAUUAGGUGGUAUAUAUUAUUUUAUCAAACCAAAAAAAUGUUGGAUUAUUAUUUAAAUUAAAUAUAGCACUAUAUUGUUAUCGAAAGAAAAAGUAUAUAAAACGUUAUUUUUUUUAUCAGACGAUGCCAUUUAAAAAUGUAUUCUAAAGUCUAAAUAUUGACAAUAACAAUAAGAUAAUGAAAAAUAAUUUAAAUUUACCUCAUAGUUUACAACACAGGUAUAAGCUAUUAUUUUUGUUGAACGAUUUUUAUAUUUAUAUUCAUACGUGUCGAAAUAUCUAGAGUUAUUAUACUAUUAUUAACUAUUUUUUUUUUUAUUAGAAUUAAGGCUUCAACUACAAAGGUCAUUAGCCAGGACUGGUGGGGGGAACGGUUGGUUGGAACGCGUAUGUAUGUGUAGCAAGGCUUUUGUUGCGGGAGUUUUAUAGCCGAGAGCUAGCAACGCAGGCCGGUGAGUACGCUCAGUGUGUUUCCGCAGAUUGAGCGUACGACCGCGACACACUGCGACACAUUACUAAUUAUUAUAAUGUACUUUUAAAACUUAAAAAUAAUCGUGCUCUUCUAUAUAUACCUAAAAAUAAUUAUACAUCAAAUACAGGGUACGUCACCGCCGAUCGGAAGAAAUUCAAAAAUCAUAACUUCAUCCUGUUUACGUUGACAUAUACGCAUUUUCUGGUACAAUGAAGAUGGAUCCGUUUUCGUACUUCAAGUCACCGUUCGGACCAAUGCCGAAAUCCGAAAACAAAUACGUCGAAUACUUUAAAGACGUCGAGCACCCAAGGAACGACGUACAACACCAAGUAACAGUAUUACCAAAAGAAUUACGAUUUGGUUACGUGAGGAAUGUAAAAACCAUAGCCUUUAACGUACGCAACGAUUCCGACACGCCGCUUUGCAUAAAUUGGAUUCACGAACCCGGCAGUGAUAACCCGUUCGCGAUAAGUCCAAAACAGUUUUAUAUCGGUAGCCACGAUACGAAAAGGCUGAAAUGCGUGUUUCGACCAAAAAUGGUUUCGAAUAUUUACUCUGUUGAGUUCGAAGCAACCGUUCAUUUCGGGGCCGCCGACCCUGUCAGGCCGUUGAAUUGUUUCACUGGAUACGACACAUUUCCGAAGCCUACGUACGUGGCUCCGAUGAGCAUUUCAAUAACGGCCAACGGCCAUAGUUCCGAAAAUCGGUUUACCGGAUGGAAAUCCACAUGUAAACUCAGCAACCGUGUGAUAGUAAUGCCGCCGGCUGUGCCGGCUUCGAAGCCCGUAUUUGCCACGCUGUUGAUUAAAAGAGUCGCUCGAGUGCCAACGACGUUUGAAUUACGACCGCCUAAUAAAUCAAUGUUCUUAGCAAAACCCAUGAUGGGAAUGAUAAAUAGCGAUUACCAAAUCAUAGUGUUUCAACUCAUGAAAACGAGCAAUAAAGAGUCGCUUUACGCCGAACGGUGGAGCGUAGUGUUCGAUGGUAUCAAAAAUAAUUCGGUCACCAUAGACAUCUACGCGAGCGCGGAAUUCGGUUGCGUGACGAUCGGCGAGCGGAAUCAAGUGGAAGUGCCCAACGACGUCCAAGUGGGGUGCGAAAUGCGGGACGGGCUAGUACCGAUAGUUAAUACGACCAGACAUAGGCUGCGGUACUGCAUUGAAGUGAGCAGUCAACAUCACUCGGUAAACAACGAGCUGAUGGAGGUUCCGCCCACCCAACGUCGUUAUUCGCGGGGUUCGUUGAGCGAGGAAGAAAUUGAUGUGGAAGAUAUCGAUGUCGAACACGCACACUAUACGGAAUCGGAAAUCGACGACGAACCGGAAAUCGACGACGGAUCGGAAAAUGACGAUGGAUCGGAGAAGGACGACGGAUCGGAGAAGGACGAUGAAUUGGAAAAGGACGACGGAUCGGGAAAGGACGCUGGAUUGGAAAAGGACACGGGGUCCGAAAAUGACGAUGGAUUGGAAAAGGACGCGGAAAAGCAUGCCACACCGGAAAAGCAUGAUGGACCUGAAAAUAACUCCCAAUCGGAGUACUCCGUAACGGAGGGGGAAGCUGCGCCUGCAGAAGAGGACGACGAAAGUCUGUUGAGCUAUGACGUAUAUUCAAUCAGUUCUUCGAUGUCGUCUCCGCCGAAGUUUGGACGACUGUCGUCGAUGCUAUGGCUCGAUGCGGAGAGGACGACGCCGUGGCCGUUCGUAUUUGCGUUCGAUGCGCUAGUCGGCGAGUUGGGACCCAACGAGAGACGCGACUUGCGGUUGUCGUUCCGCCCGACAACAAACUGUACGUACACGGCCGACGCGACCUGCUAUUUGACGUGCGACCGCGACGACUACCCUAAAAUCGUCAACGCGCUACCCGUCACCAUCGAAGGCACAGGAUGCAGAACGCGGUUCAAGAUAAUACCGGAAAAUUGUUAUUUGAACAAUAUGAUAGUUAACACGGAACGAACACAACGAUUUAUAAUCGAAAAUACAAAUCGUUCUUACGCAAACAUCAAAUUUGUUAUAACUUCAGCAAGUUCUAUGAUUUGGCCUAUACCGACUUUUAAAAUAAAUCCUCAAGCUUUUCGAUUCACGCCUCAGCAAAAUCAGUGUAAAAUGGAUUUAUCUAUAUACCCUACGGAGUUGGGAUUUCAAAAGUUUUUCGUCAACAUACAGUUUGAUCCUAAAGUGGAAUCUUAUCCGGAAAACGAAAAUACAAUAACGGUCAGUAUGGACGUCAUGACGUGUGCACUGAAAAUCUUAAAAAUAUCUAACGAUUCUAUACCUUAUUUCGGAAGAUUGGCUUUGAACAAACUUUUUCAUAGCCUAAAGUUAAACAACGAACUCGGUGAAGUUUAUAGAAAAAAUAUAUCACCAUUAAUAUGGACUAUACCUGUAAUUUCUGAAUCGACCACUUUUGACGUUCAGUUAUUUAAUUAUUCUAAAGUACCAAUUAGUUGGGAAAUAAAAUACAAAGAAUGCAUAAAAUGUACAUUGGAAAACAAAAACAAUAAUAAUAAACAUAAGAACUGCAUUACUCUUUCCAAUAAAUGUGCGCACCAGAAGAGUAUUAGAAUUACUCCAACUGUAAACUUGAAAAUGGACAAUUUUUCAAAAAUGCAAGUAGAAUUAAAUACUACAAGUAAAGAAGCAACUAAUUUGAGUUAUAAAUGGUCAAUUGGAGUCUAUAAAACGUUAUUUUAUAACACUGAAUUGUUAAUAGAACCUAAAACGUUUAAAGACGGGUUAAUAUCGUUUGAUCCAAAAUACGGAACAACCGGACAACUAGAAUUCAAUUUUGUACCAAUAUUCAUAGCUCAUCCUAAUCCACCAGCACAAGCUUUUUGGAUGUAUAAUAGCAAUGAUUGUAAUGUAACAUAUUCAAUAAUUGACGAUUCAUUAACACCCGCGCAUCCAUAUUUCCGUUGUUUAAACCCAAGUGGAGUAUUCAAACCGAAAUCAGUAAAUCCAAUACUAUUUGUAUUUUCACCGAACAGACUAUGUGCGUUUGAGGCUACAAUAAUGCUACUAACAAACAAUUAUUACAGACGCCAAAUAACCCUUUUAGGACAAGGGGAAUCUUAUACUAGAACCACUAUUUCACCAGGACAUGGCUUGUCAUCAUUUUUACCUAUCCUAAAUGAUAGACAAAUAUUUUUAUCAACAGAAAAUAUAAUACUUACACCAAUAUUCACACUAUCAAAUACUGAAUCCUUGUUUUGUCUGUAUAACAACAGUGACGAAGAAAUUAUUUACGAGUGGAAAAAGUGUACGAUUGACACAAUUUUAACGGCUAAAAUAUGUCCACUUAAAGGACAUUUAAAAAAAUAUGGAAGUCAAGUAUUUGAAAUAUCCAUUACCAGUUAUAAUGAGCCAGCUAUCUUAACAAUAAUGUUAAAUAUUAGCUAUAAGUUUGUUUCUCAAAUUGAAAAUUAUGAACGGUCGUUAAGAAACUAUAAUAUAAAUAAAGAGAGACUUGAAGGAUAUUUUAGAAUUGACGAAUGUGGCAAUUAUAAAUCAAAAUUAAACAUGAAAAUAGAAAAACAGCCACAAGAAAAACAUCUAGUACUAUAUGUGUACGUCAGAAUAAUCGAUGAAUAUAGUAAAUGGAUAAAUGAAGCAAAUAAUAACAUUAAAAAGCACAAUUUUCAACAAGAGAAAAGGAUUAUGAAACAAAAAUUGGACUGUUCGGAUAACUUUCAAAACAUCCUAUGGGAUGUUGUAGAUAAAAUUUGUUCAAGAGAAAUCGAAUCCAAGCCAUCAUUAUAUUACCAUCAGUUGAGAAAUUCAAAACAAAACCAUCAAAACAAUAUGUCAAAAACAACUAAAAAUAACCUGAAAACUAUUUUAAAAUCACUUAUUAAAGACAGUUUGGUUGACAUAUAUCCAUUAAAUACAUGGAAAUACUAAUAAUGAAAAUAUUAUGCGUAUAUAGUAUAUACACGCACUUUCCAAUUAUUGCUUACUAACAUUUUGCCUUUCAGUUGCCUCAGGCUCUGCUGUUAUGGUUAUUGGCGUUUCUAACGAUACAUUAAAGAUACUUUAUAUUGAAGUUUUAUACAAUUUGUUUUAAAUAUGAUACACGAAAGUUAAAUUUAUUGUAGUGACAUGUGAUCUAAAACUAUGUGUAUAUGUUAUAUUUUCUGGAGCACUGGAGCAGGUUCGUCUCAGGAAUUGAAAAAGAAUCAAUAUAAUCUCUCAUAUAUGUUCCUUUAUUUUUUUUUAUUUUUUUUAUUAUAUUUAUUGAAAAUCCAUCUUUACUUGAGGAUGAAUCACCUCUCAUGUUAGAAAUAAUUUCCAGGAUUUCUAGCUUAGUCAUCUUUCCAAGACAGCAGUUCCCAACCUUUUUCAUUCUACGCCCCCCUUGUAAAUUUACUAAAAUUUCCUAAACAUCCCUUUAAAUUAGAGUUUAGGUGAAUUUUUUUUGUGAGCGGUACAAAUAAAACACUCAAAAUAACAUAGUAUACAGUACCUAUACAGUAUACAACUAUUUACUUUUAUUAUUUUUUUCAUCAUUUUAAAAAUGUAUUAUAAAUCAACUUGCGAAGUAAUAAUAUUAAGUACAAGAAAAAAAAAAUUUAAUAUAAAAACAAAAAAAAUUAACAUAAAGUAUAAAUAAUAUAAGUAAAUUUAAUGAUGUGAAUCAAGCUUUGUAUCUAUGAAUAUUAGAUUAAAUGAGAAAAGGCCUAUCGACUCAAUCGUUAGGUACACCUACCAAAGAAUAGAUUAAAUUUAAUCUUUUCUGUGGUUAUACCUAAUAUAUAAUUGUUAUCGAUGCCCGACAAUCUGAAAACUAAUAUAGUGAUUUCAAUUUUACACAUAGUAAAAUAACAUAAUUAGUUUCGUAAUUCCAUCAUCACUAUAUUCCCCUCCCCUCCCCGAGCAGACUCUAAAUUCCCCACGGUGCGGAACCGCUGUUCUAAGAUAUAGUGACUGGUUAUAGAUGGAUUUAGUUAACGCCACUAUAAUUUCAUUAGUAGUUGAGUUAGAGAUUACAGUACUCGAAUUUCUCAUAUUGGUGAAAUAUUUGUGAAAAGUGUUUCCUACUAGAAAGGGAUUGUUGCUUGAAUCGUGUAUUGAGUUGUUUAUAUUAAUUUUAUAAUUUUGAGAACGGUAUUGAGGUUGGUUUGUUAUUUCUUUUAUAGUUGACCAUAACUUUUUGGAUUUCUACUGUUUUUUUUAACAAUUUCAUCAUAAAAUUCAAGUUUCUGUUUUUUAAUUAAGUCUGUUAAUUUGUUUCUAUAUUGUUUAUAUUUAUCGAUUAGAGCUGUGUAAAUGGUGGCUGUCCAUAUAAAUCAUAAAAACAUAUUAGGUACCUAUUUAAAUAUAUACCUAAUAUUAUGUUAAAUCAUAUAUUUUGUAAAUAAUGUGUAA